AUGUCCUUAACUGACCAACUGCAUCUGCAUGAACCCCCUGCCCUCUGCCCCCUGCCGUUUCCUCCUAGUUGCGUGGGAUGCCUCUGCAUCUGCAUGAACCACACCAACCCCCUUCCCUCGUUUUCCCCUCACCCUCUUUCCCUCCAUCUAGCGUCUCUCCCUCCCCUUCCAUCUCCGAGUCUCUCUUCCGUUCUUUCUCUUGCGCUCUCCUCGCCCCUCUUAUCCAUCACCAUCGCCAUCACCACCACCACACGCCAUCGGGAGUCUGGGAAAGGGGCGGAAGGGGAGGGAGAGGAGGAUGAGGAGGAGGAGGUUGGGGAGGAGGAUGUGGGAUUGGAGACAGAGGGAAGGGAGCGGGAAAGGGUAGGAGUGGUGAGAGGAGUAGUGGGACCACAUUCUGAGUGUGUGGAGUGUGAUGGGGAAGGGAUAGUGCGGAGGGAGAUGAUGCAACGAGCAGCAAGGCAUGAAGAGAUCAGAAGUGAGAGGUGCGGUGUGGAAGCAGGAGGUUUGGACAGCCGAGAAGCGGCCUCAGCAGGCCAUGGGGGGUUGGAGGCGAGAGGGGCGCAUGUGCUUCGCUGUGCGGAAAGGACUUGCAGUCAUGCAGAAGCAUGCAGUGCCACUGCAAGUGCACUGCUGGGCACCUAUGGCAAUCUGGUCUCGGUCUCCCGCUUGGAGAGCCUUGGGCUGGUUAGCGAGGCACAGGAUACGGUUGAGAUGGGUGUUAAUGAGUGGAGAGAGGAGACGGGAUAUGCAGCAGCCGAGGUGGUGCGAGAGACAGAGAGGGUGGUAGAUGAAGGAUCAGCCACAGCCCUCACUCGCUCCCCUCCUCCUCAUCCGCCUUCUCACCCGCAUACUCUCGAGCUGCUACCUGCCGAACCUCGGCCCUCCAUGCCUCAGGACUUGGUUCGGCAGCAGUCCAAACCAGGGUCGUGCAAGGUGAGAGAGUGUGCACUGCCUGAGGUCUGGUGGGAGAGCAGCAACAUACACGAUCUCUGCUGCUGCACAAGUUGCUGCUACAGCUGCUCCGCCGCCUGCCCCCACUCCUGCUCCUCUUCCUGCUCCUGCAGCUGCAGCAGCGGAGGCGGCGGCAGCAGCAGCAGGGAGAGGGUGAGCGGCAGCAGCGGCGGCAUUGAGAUGCCCUGGGCGUGGGGGUGCGUGCGUUGGGAGAGGCGAGUGGAGGCAAUGGAGCAAGCCAAGGGGCUUGUGCGGGCGCGCAGGGGUGGACAGCGACAGCCUGCCAGCUCGCUACCCCGCCCUCCAGCUCCCUCAGUCCUCCUGGACGAUCUGGCUUGGAGUGUGUCCGAGCCUCCCACCGAGGCUCGGAUGCUGGGAAGUCUGGUUUCAGGAGGUGUGGAUGAAGUGGGGAUGGGGGAAGGGCAUGGUAGUGACGGUGCUGCCGGUGCUGGUGGAAGUUGUGCUUCUGUUGGGACCAGGAUGCAUCACAGCCAGCUAUCAGCGCUCCUCUACCCGCACGCAUUCCUCACGCUGCUCUUCCCUCUCGACGUGUACUCCGAGGUUGCCCCCUCCGCCCGCUCCUACUUCUCCCCUGCGGGCUUCUCCUCGCUGCGCCUCCUAUCCCUCGUGUAUUCCUUCUACCAGGCGAGUCCUCUGGGGGCAUGUGAUGGGGCUGGCAUGGGGUGGGGCAUGGGGUGGGGGCAUGGGUUGGGGGAUGGGGUUGGGGAUGUAAUGGGGCAUGGGAUUGGGGAUGGGAUGGGGCAUGGGAUUGGGGAUGGGAUGGGGCAUGGGCUGGUUGAUGGGAUUGGUGGUCAUGGAAUGGGGAAUGGGAUUGGGGGCGAUCUUUACCACAGCCAAGAAACCCACCGCAUGCCCCCCUCCCCUCCGCUGCUGCCUGUGUGUGUGCAGGAGCGCUUGACCACACACGAGGUGUCCCUAUGCUGCAUUUUGAGGGGCUGA